GCAUCUCGUUCGGAAGAUCGAUCCGAUCGUUGUGUACAGGCCUUUACUUAGGCGCGUCCCUUACAUUCGCGACACGUGCUGCACUCGGAGAAUAGUCGCAACAAAGUGUCCAAGCGCAAACGAAGGCGAACGAUCGAACGAGAACUUAGUAGAUCCGUGAGAGACUGGCAGAGAACAAGAUAAAACGGGAGAAACAGACUCGGAGAAUUUAAAGAUCCCCUUUAGCUUCUAUCUCUGUGACGACCGCGUGAAACGACGUCGUUAACUUGUUGACCGGGGAAGACGAAUUGACACGUCGUUCGAAUAAUAUUUUUAUCUAGAUUUGCCCCGUCUCUUUAUCUACGAAGAUUUCUUCGAUUCGGCUGGUCGUUUCGCUGUUAAUUUUUAACAGAGUAAUUAUAGAAACUCGCGGUUAGGAGACACGCCGUUUAACAGGUUAACGCGCGUAGAUUCGCCGUGGCAAACGCAAUGACGAGCGACGUUACGAAUUGAACGUAAUUCUCCGCCAUAUCGUUCCGUCCUCGAGAUCUCGUUCGUACACGGAGACCGGCCAAGACGCUUAGGAUUCGCAGAACGAUCUGGAAACGAGCGAGGCUAAUUUCUUGGCAACGAUAGCGAUAGCGCCUAACCGACUUAUCGCUGGCUCUCUGCGAAAUACCACGAUAUUCGAUCAAUACGUGCAGGUAUUCGACGCACAGGGUGCACACGCGUUUCAUUCGCGUGGAAAGGGGCUGCUGUUUGGCGGUUUCACUGCGUCAGGCGGCGAGUGGAAAAACCGAAAGGACGAAUUUCUAGACGGGGAGAAAGCACAAGGAUAAAACGCACCCGUAGACCUACGGGUGGUUGAAAGCUAAAUGGAGGGGACAACGAGGCAACGGGAUUCUACCUACCUGAGGAACCUUCGGGAAAGUGGGCUAAACACUGUGACACGGCCCAACCGUCUCCUAUGUCAUGCGAUUUAUCUGCAAAACUAGCAAAUUAUCGUCGUGAACGUUUCGUUAUCGUCGCUCACGGAUGAGCCAGCUGCUCUUCGAAAGAAAACACCGCAUAACGAUAAAUACAUAUCGCAUUUGGAAUUCUAAUCUAUUUGUUUCGUCGUUCGAAGUACGAGUUAGAGUAUAGGCACGUACUAUCACCGACAAUUCGGUGGCGCAAUAAGAAAAAUGUCGGGAAUGGGUAAAAGGACGUAUCUUCGCGAGGUGAACCCCUACCUUAUUUGUCCGUUGUGCAUAGGAUAUCUUAUAGACGCGACUACCGUCGUCGAGUGUUUACAUUCGUUUUGCAGGAGCUGUAUCCUCAAGCAUCUCAACAGGGAAGCUCACUGUCCUUCGUGCAAACAUGUUCUCAACAAAGCCAAGCCGAACAUCAAGGCGGACAAGGCGUUGCAAGAUAUCGUGUACAAAUUGGUACCCGGACUGUAUCACAAAGAGAUGCGCAGGAGAAGGGAAUUUUACAAAAAACAUCCUGAACAUGCGGAUUUAGCGACACCGGAACAACGCGGAGAAGACGUGAGCGGAAGGUUGAUCUUCGCUCCAGAAGACGCAGUUAGCUUAAGCUUAGAAUAUCUACCGCCCGGGGCAGAUCCUCUGACCAUCCUUCUUAGCACUAACGACGAGACCAACAACUCGAACGCAUCUAACAAUCAAAGUAAUAGCAGUAACAACGGUAAUAAUAAUGUCAAUAACAACGGCAUCGGCAAUCACAGCGCAAAUACAACGAGUAACAGGCGCUACCUUCAGUGUCCGGCACUUGUGACUAUCGCGCAUUUAAAGAAAUUCCUAGCAUUGAAAUACAGCGUCGAUAUGACGAGAUACAACAUCGAAAUUUGCCAUCGACGUGCCCCGCUUCCGGAACACUGGACCCUUAUGGACGUCGCUUACAUUUACGCGUGGAAAAGGAACGCACCGAUGCGAUUUUUUUACCGAGUAGCGUUGGAAGAACAGAGAUUAGAGGCACCUCCUCACGACAGGCCAUCCACGCCAGGUUUAGGUGCUAGUUUGCCUCCUGUUGACGCAGUAAGACGGGAUGACGAUAAUUCGCAGAAUCCUGAGAACAGUAUCGAAUCUAAGCCGGAAACAGAGCCUUUGAACAAUACCGAGCAGAAACCUGCGUUGGACAAUCAGAGCAAAGUCUCGAACGAGAAACCGCGCUCUCCGAAUGAUCAAGCGCCCGCGAAUGAAACCAAGGAAGCGACUAGUAAAGAGCAACAACCGUCGAGUACAGUAACAACGUCGACAAGCACGACGUCGACGACGGUUUCUGUAGCGUCGACAAAUAGCACAUCGACGACGACGGCAACCGACACGAUUGCCUCGUCCACGUCCACGUCCACGUCUACGUCCACGUCCACGUCCACGUCCACGUCAAAUAGCGAAACUAAACAAAUUAAAACACCUAUUAAAAUAUUGAAGAAUCCAGACGGAAGGUACGAAGUCUUAAGGAGUCCGCCAGGUAGUUGGAAUUCGAAAGAACAGAAUGCUAGGAGUAUCGAAACGAAACCAUCGAAUCCAGAAUUUAGUGUCGUGAGUAUAGGCAGUGGUCAGAAUUCGAACGGAGUGAAGAUCACGUUGAAGCAAUGUACGCCGAACAAUUCGAGUCCGAACAAGCCGAAAGUUAUCAGCAACGUGUUACUGCAUUGCGGUCAGGUUGACAAAGACAACCCUGAUUCGUUAGUGAUUCAGCAGCUGCACAGAGAUAAAGAGAAACGUCAGACAGAAAAGCAGGAGAAACAAAAGAGGAGGGUAACUUUCGUGGAACGAUCUGUCCCUGAGAAGACGGUGACCAGUAACGCGUUAAAGAGUAUACAGAAGAAACCAGGGGAACAGCAGGAGAAGAAACAGUUCCUCCAAGGUUUUCAAUUAACAGCCAGGGAGUCAGCAUCCGAAAUGGCUUUAGAGUCUUCCUCUAAGUUUAACGAAGCGAAUACCAACAAUGAGACGAAUGAGACGCGAAACAAGGGCAAUGCCGCGCCGAAGAAGGAGGACGGUAUAGCGACAGAGACUUUGAAUAAUGUAAAUGAGAACUCAAAGAAUAAGAGCAACAACGAGAACAUUGGGGUAAAUGCGAGUGGUAAUGCUGCGAGUGCGAGUAAACGGAUUGCAACUAUGGCCGGAAUUGGCAACGCGCGAGUGAAUGCAAAUAAACAGUGCGGUGACGUAGAUAUGUGCACAUUUGGAUACUCGAAGAAUACGAACGUAGGUAUGAACAUCAACGUAAAUAGCAAUCCCGCGAAGAUGGAUGUGUAUACGUUUUCCAACGACCCACCGGUAGUUCCCGCGGGAGCUGUGAAAAGGAAAUGUCCGCCAGGUCUACCGAUCUUCGAUAUCAAGAGAAAGAAGCAACAGCAUAUUUCGAGCCAAGCGCCGAAGAAGCAAACUCAAGUACAUCCGCCUGCAGUCGUGCAAAACAACGCCAAGUCAUCUCGAAAACUUCCAAUGGAGCACGUUAUUCCGGGGAAACGAGCCACGAACAUAGUCGGAGAAGCUGGCCCUAGUCGAGCACCCACGACACCAAGCUCGAAACCUUCGCCGACUCCGGUACUUUCCAACGACACAAGGAAUAUAUUAGACGGUUGCGGAUUGAACAUUCCUGCGAGUCUCAGUAUAACUCUGACAGCGCCAAAAUCACCCGCGAACAAUGUUGGAUUUACCGAACCAAAUGAUUCCAAAGAUAAUCGAAAGAAUACGCUGGGAAAAGUAAAUCCCAGUAUAACUCUUAACGAUAGAUCGGUCGAUCCACGAGUACUGAAAGCCUUGAAGACGGGACAGAUUAGAAUGCCCGCACCGUCGAAACCAAGGCAGCCUAAGCAAUCGGAACGCGAUGCGAACCAACAACGGCAGGCGUCGUCCGCUAAACGGGAAAGGGACCAGGAAUCGAGAGACAUUUUGGAUCUCAGCGGAGGGAAGAAGAUGGACAUACAUCCGUUGAGAAUACCACAGCCAGUGACGAAACUUAAAGCAAAAUCGACGAUCAGAGAAAUGCCAAAUAUCUCGGAUCAGGGACAAGUUGUAACGCUCGUUGGUGGCCAUAGAUAUUAUCGUGCGCCACCAGGUUCCUUGACUCCAGCAGCGCAUAGAGUGAACGAUUGUCCGCUUCCAACGCCUUCGAGAACACCAGUUUACGCUCCUGGAUUCUCCAGUCCUUUAAGCAACAGCAGGUACAACACAAAUCUUUCAUCCGUUUUUCCCAGUCUGCAAAGUCUGUAUGCCUUGAGCCAAGCACCGAAUCUUCAGCAGUUUCAGACAGACGCAAGGCUAAGGCUACCUCGAGGGACGGACACGAAUUCCACCAUAUCUAACAACGAUAAUCGAAAUGUGAACGCUAAUGUAUCCGGGAAAAGUCAUCUAGCUGCCCAGUGCGCGCCAGUGAAACCGGUAAGAUCGUCUGUGGCGCCUUUGGCUGUUGCGAUAACUAAACAACAACAACAACAACAACAAUCGAACGAUAAAUCAACAUGUAUAAACAAAUCUGCCUCGAAUGAGAUUAAUAAAACACCUGUGUUUCGCGGUAACGAAUCUCUCGACUCCACGGAGUCUGGUCAACAAUUGUCCGUCCAAACCAAGUACUCGUCGGCCGCGGAAGCUAAUAAUCGAUACUCGCCGCGAGCUACCAAUAACAGUAACGUGAACAAUGAAAGCAAAACGUCUACUGAAGCGACUCGUGAUUCUAAUUUGGAAACUAGUAAUGAUACGAGAAAGGAACCGGACAAUUCGUCACGGCAGACGCCUCAUCGCGAAGCAGCCAGUCCAAGAGUAUCAUCUACGGCUUCUCCAUCACCACCACCUGGAGAUACUAACGCGAAUACGAUUAACGAAACUACCAGCGGUCAUACCGAUAAUACGAAUACCGCUUCCAAUGGAAUAGACAAUGAUAUACCUGCACCGAGUCCGACGAAGAAGAACAACGUAGGCGCGGAGGUAUCGAGUAGCAAAUCGCCUGCUAGUCCAGACUCUAGUUCAGUAACUAUCGAAAGUCCUUCCAGCAAAAGCUGCACGACGGUGGAGCAAGGAUGUCCUUCUCCCUCACAAACGUCAGAUACGGUCAAAUCGUCGGAGAAUUCGACAAAGGUUGAGAAUAACGUCACAGAAGACUCGACGAACGAUAACGAAAACAAAGCUUCCACCAAGCAACCUGCCACGAAACAAUUGACUUCGGAGAUGUUUCAAAAAAGGUUGCUGGCUGCGUUUCCUUCCAACGAAUGGGCAAAUAAUCCGAUAGCUGCGGAACAUUUAGGCAAUUUCUUGAAAAGUUUGAACGCGUCGAUCAAAUCAGAGAAUAAAAUGGAUAGCAGGGGAUCGGAGAAGGUCGAGAGCCAACUCGCGUGCAACGAUGCAACGCGUUUAAAUAACGAAGUGUCAUCGAAAUCUCGAACAGACGUUGCCGAAUCAUCGUAAAUACAAGAAUUGAUUUAAAGAUGAAUCGAACACUUCCUGUUUAAACGAAGAAUACAUCAACUACAUCACUGCCAGAUACCAAUGUAAUGUUAUUGAAUGACUCUUAGCGUGGAUAUGAGUACCAAUACCUAAUAAUUGAAAUGCUUUAAGGUCUUAUUAGGGGAAUGCGGCAUACGCAUGCCGUACGAUACAGGGAAAAUACAGCACAGAUGCUGGAAAUUUUAUUUUUUCAAAUUUUUUAAGGCCAUACAUCCCUCAAGAAAUUUCAUCCAUAUGUGUAGUUGCUUUGUCGAAACAACAAUGUUCCACGAGUCGCUCGAUUUCAACUAAAAAUAUCAUUUUAAGUGAUUAAUGGAAAAAAAUAUUUUUAUCAAAUAUGAUUGGUAUUAUUCGUAGAUUGAUUUUAUUUCUAAUGUGAAAAUUGUUCCUACUUCGGUCCAUACUAUGGUUAUCCAAAAGCGCAACGUUCAUCAAAGUACCUCGCAAUUGUGUAAAAAUUCCAUGAUUCCAAACUCCAAAUUCCAAACUCCAUGAUUGACUACGUGAAAUGCAAUGCUAAUCAGCACAACGAAAAACCGAAUAGCUUAUACCGAACUUGCUUUCCUAUUCGUUUAACAAUUAUAAAACGUGUACGUAAUAAGAAACACAGGGACCGAAAUUAAGAAAGAAAUAAAGUCGAAGAAACUAGAUACAAUUAUUUGCGUAACGUAUGAAUGAUAUCUAUGCUGUUGUUAUUUCAUUAUUUACUUUUGAGUUACGUUUUACUAUGAGUUAUUAUUAUGUAUAUGUUGUAUAAUAAUUGUUAUGUUAUGCGACUGUAUUAUAUUAUAUAUAUUAUUUCUUUAUAUGUAUAUAUUUAUUGCGCUGAUAUGUCGUCUUUACAAGAUGUGCGCAAAAUCCUAUUACUUUGUAAGAUUCAAUUUUAAUCGAUCGAAAAUUCGUGUGAAUGUACAUCGUUCAAAUUUUAAAACACAAUGCAUGCAUGUUGAUUUUUAAACGACAAGAAACUGACAUGUAAUAACAAAAGGAUAUAUCAUUAUAUACUUAAACUAAAAA